GUCCGUGACCCCGUACGACAUCACGAUUCCAAGCUGCCUGCUUUUCCGCAGCCCAUUUUGGCGCAAGUAAGAAAGGUUGGUGGUGAAAAGCGGGAUCAUUUUUGCCGGCUUUGGACAUGGCCCAGAUGUAUGUGGUGAAGCGUGAUGGCAGCCAGCAAGAGGUGAAGUUUGACGCGAUCACUCGCCGCUUGCGUCCUCUCUGUGAGGGGUUGGACACCACCUAUGUAGACCCAGUGCCAGUGACCAAGAAGGUCAUCGAGGGUUUCUACAAUGGCAUUGCCACUUCAGAGAUUGACACCUUGGCAGCAGAGACGUGUGCUUACAUGUCUCAGAAGCAUCCGGACUUCUCCAUCUUAGCUGCGCGCAUUGCGAUCUCGAACUUGCAUAAGAACACCUCUGACUCCUUUGUUGAGACGUGCAAGCUCUUGCAUGGAUUCACUGACGAACAAGGAAGGCCGGCUGCGCUCAUGGGAGAUGAAGUCUAUCACUUCGUUCAGGCCAAUGGGAAGAGACUGGAUGAGGCCAUUGACUAUAAGCGGGAUUUGGGUUACGACUACUUUGGCUUCAAGACUUUGGAGAAAUCCUACUUGUUGCGAGUGCACGGGAAGGUGGUCGAACGCCCACAGCACCUGCUGAUGCGCUGUGUUUGUGAGAUUCACUGCGGAGACUUGGAGGCUGCGCUGGAAAGCUAUGAGUUGAUGUCACAGAAGUUCUUCACUCAUGCAACGCCCACGCUCUUCAAUGCUGGCACUCCGACCCCCCAGAUGUCUUCAUGCUUCUUACUCACCAUGAAAGAAGAUUCAAUUGAGGGGAUCUACGACACAUUAAAGCGAUGUGCUUUGAUCUCCAAGUCUGCAGGUGGCAUCGGAGUGGCGAUCAGCAACGUGCGCGCCAGUGGCUCGUACAUCCGUGGGACCAACGGCUACAGCAACGGCCUGGUGCCCAUGCUGAGGAACUUCAACGAGACCGCACGCUACGUGGAUCAGGGCGGUGGCAAGAGGAAGGGCUCCUUCGCCAUGUACUUGGAGCCUUGGCAUCCAGAUGUUUAUGACUUCAUCGAGCUCCGCAAGAAUCAUGGCAAGGAGGAGCAGCGUGCACGUGAUCUCUUUUUGGCACUGUGGAUUCCAGAUCUCUUCAUGAAGCGUGUGAAGGCCAACCAGGACUGGACCCUUUUCUGUCCCAACGAGGCCUACGAUCCCAACACCGGCAAAGGCUUGAUGGACCUGUGGGGCGACGACUUCGAAGAGCUUUAUUGUCGUUUGGAGGCCGAAGGCAAAGGUCGGAAGACCGUGAAGGCCCAGGAGUUGUUCUUCCGGAUCACCGAAGCGCAGAUGGAGACGGGGACACCUUACAUGCUCUACAAGGACCAUGCAAAUCGAAAGUCCAACCAGCAAAAUCUUGGCACCAUCCACUGCAGCAACUUGUGCACCGAGAUCAUCGAGUACACCUCGCCCGAUGAGGUGGCCGUUUGCAACUUGGCCUCGAUCGCUUUGCCCAGCUUCGUCGAGAAGUCGACGGCGACUUACAAUUUUCAAAGGCUCUACGAAGUCACCAAGGUGGUCACGAAGAAUCUCAACAAGGUGAUUGAUCGAAACUACUACCCCUUGGAAGAAGCCCGACGCUCCAAUAUGCGUCACCGUCCAGUGGGCUUGGGAGUGCAAGGCUUGGCAGAUGUCUUCUUGAUGAUGAAGAUGCCUUUCGAGAGUGACGAGGCUCGUGAGUUGAACGAAGACAUCUUCGAGACGAUCUACUUCGCCGCCUGCGAGGCCUCCUGCGACCUGGCAAAGCUCCAUGGGCCCUACGAGACCUAUGAAGGUAGCCCAGCCAGCAAAGGCCUCCUACAGUUUGACCUGUGGAACCGUACCCCACGCAGUGGACGUUGGGAUUGGUCAGGACUCAAGGCAAAGAUUGCUCAGUUUGGUCUGCGGAACUCGCUGUUGGUGGCACCGAUGCCCACGGCCUCCACGGCGCAGAUCUUAUCCAACACCGAGUCUUUCGAGCCCUAUACCCAGAACUUGUACGUGCGACGAGUGCUCUCUGGAGAGUUUGUGCAGGUGAAUCGGCACCUCUUGAAGGAUUUGAUUGCUCGAAAUCUUUGGAACGAGGAGAUGCGCACCAAACUCAUCGCUCACAAUGGUAGUGUGCAAGAGUUGGAUUUGCCACAGGAGUUGAAGGAGCUCUACAAGACCGUUUGGGAGAUCAAGCAGAAGCGUAUUUUGGACAUGGCAGCAGAUCGGGGUGCCUUCAUCGACCAGUCCCAGUCACUGAACAUCCACAUGGUGAACGCGACCACCGCGAAGCUCGCAUCGAUGCAUUUCCAUGGCUGGGAGUUGGGACUGAAGACAGGUCUCUACUACUUGAGGACAAAGGCCGCCGCCGAUGCCAUCAAGUUUACCGUGGACGUCAAGGCAUUGAAGAAGGAUUCGGAGAUGGAGAAGACAGUGAUCCAGUCGCUGAAUGCACAAAAACCCAAGUAUUCAUGCGAGAACUGCGGCUCCUAAUUCGUCACGUACGUGUGUAAUACAUGAUAAAAGCAGCUGAUAAUUGCUUGCACGGAUUCGUCAUGGAGUUUUUCAUGACUUGGGGUGGUCAAUAUUGAUCCUUUUCAGGCACUGUCAGGCACUGCAGUGCAACACUGCACCAGACUUAUUUGGUCGUGCCGAGUCGUGCCGUUUGGGGAAGUUUCAGGAUGCAAGUGGCCUUGGCAUCCGAAACACUGGGCAAAACGCCUGGUACUAUUGCGAAGGGGGGCAA